AUGAUGUAAAAAUAUUUAAUUAUAUUAUAUUUAGAGGUGGAGGAAGUUAUGAUGAAGGAAAUCAAGGAUUAAAAAUUGAUUAAUGGAUUGACAUUGGCCAUAUAUUUUAGAGUGCAUAAGUGACUUAUAGUGGCGAAUAUAAAUAAGGAAAUAAAAUUGGAAGAUGGGAUAGCUGGUGGAAAUCAAAAUAUAAAUAGAAUCUAAAGAUGUAAUUAAUGAUAUUCAACAAUUUGUAAAUAGCGGUGGCGGAUAUUAUGAUAAAGGAGGUCAAAGUGAUAAAAUCGGGUUAUGGGUUGAUGUUAGCGAUGAAUUUUUUGAAGAAUCAUAAGUAAUUUUUAAUGGUGAAUAUAAAAAUGGAAAAAAAAUUGGCAGAUGGGGUAUUUGGUUAAGAAUUUAGGAUCGUCUAGGAGGGAAUAUUGGGAGAAAAUAGAUGUAAAUAAUUAAUAAAAAUAUUUUAUUUCAAUCAAGUGGAGGUGGAGCCUAUAAUGAACUGGGUUAAAAAAUUGGUACUUGAUAGAGAUUAGUGAUGUAUUUUAUGAAUGGCGUUAGUUAACCUAUAAUGGCGAUUAUAACAAUGGUAAGAAGGUUGGCUUUUGGGAUACUAGAUAUAGGAAGGGUUUUUGCAAUUCUUUUAAAUCGGUGUAUUAAUAACAAAUGAUAUUUUAUCUACUAAUUUAGUGGUGGAGGGUUAUAUGAUGAAGCAGGUCACGGACUUAAAUAUGGGUAUUGGAUCGAUACAAUUGAUUACUUUGGAUAUAAUUAUGGAGAACCUUUAAUAACAUUAAACGGUCAAUAUUAUUAUGGCACAAAAGUUGGUAUAUGGAAUACAUGGUAUAAAUAAGAUGAGUAAAAUGAAAAAAUGUAAAUUAUUUAUAUAUUUAAACUAUCAGAAGUGAAGGAUGUUAUGAUAAAGGGAUGAAAAUUGGCUAAUGGAUUGAAAUUUGUGAUGAAUUUCGAAAAUGCUAAUAAAUAACUUUAAACGGUGAAUACAACAAUGGAAAAAAAGUUGGCGUAUGGAUGGAAAUGUAGAGAGAUAAAGAUAAAACAGAGGAAGGAUUUAAAACAGUUAAAGAAAUCUAAUAUGAUAAAUGA